AUGGUCAGAUGUGGGUAUGCUAAAUUUGUUAACGGGGUGGCUUGUGGAGUAACUAUUGCAUCAAGCGAGUGCUUGACGUUAAAGCAGUGUUCCAGAAACAUCAAACCCCAUUUAAGAGGACUGAAAGUGGUGGAUAAAAAUCUAAAGGACGAGAUACAGUUACUUUUGGGGCGAGCAGGUAAGGAAUGAAUAUUUUAUUUUGAUAUAGUUAAGUACAUUACUGAAAAAUUUUAACACAAAAUUGGCACGAGUCGAGCUAGCCCGGGGCGAGCGUAAUUUGGCGCGAACAUUCUAGGCGGGAAAAUCACACCUUUCCAGGAGUAGCUGUUGUCAAAAAGAAAUGAUUUUACAAGUCUUGCGGAAUAUUUAGAGGCUAACUUUUACGAGUUUCUUCUGGUAAACGCCACGUGACUUAUGUUCUGAUCUUUUUAAAAUCGGCGCACAGCGGCAAAAAUGUUAUUCCGGACUUGAGAGCCUUGGGUGCUCUUUGGCUGCGCGGUACCUCCCAUGCGACACUACGGUUUAGUAUGGAGGGAUUUGUUGCGAUUCUUAUUCCUGGUAUACAAUGUUUGCGCUAGGCACUACGCAACCUAAAGUAUAGUAGUGCCCAUACCUAGCUAGUAAGUUUGAGCGUGAGAAAAUAAGAAUGAUCGGGUGGAAGAAGGCGGUGGGGGGUGGAGGGCAACCAAAAAAUCUUUCCGAGAACACGCCAGCAGAUUAGCAUUUCUCGUUCUAAUUUUCAAAAGUGAUCUGCAAAACCAUUUGAACAACCUAAUCUUCACCGACCGAUUCCGUGGGUUAAUAUAUUUAUAUAUUCUUUUUACUAUAUUUUGUAGGUUUGUUUUCCUCAGAGGUAGAAGCUGAGAAAAUAACAAUCUGUCCCCGGCAUCGCGAUGUGUAUGGAACUCGGUGGAAGUGCAACAAAAGACGAUGUGUUAUUCCCAGCGUCAUUAGCGGUCAUACCGGUAUAUCACCUCCAAAAGGUGACCGAGGAGUCACCUUUUUACAAGCAGAAUCGAUAUUCAGUGUUUUGGGGGUACUAGUACCAAUCGGAGUACGUAAGUAUCACUAAAUAUAAGUAAAAUUCUCAGUCAACGAUACUUUAAGUACGCUAAGUUACUGCUUUAAGUUCGCUACGAUCAUUACGAUCGUCAACGGCGCCCACCUUUAUUCAGUGAUUAAAGCUACAUUUCUGUGAUAAAACUGGCCUCUUCAUUGAAAUACUAGCUGGCUUUAGUAACUGUUCUAACAUCUUGUUAAGUCAUGAAGUCAAUCCAAGGGUCUGGUACUUUAGAGCAAUCGUCCUUUCUUUGCCACGUUUCGCUGUCGUUCGAUUCCUCUUCAGUCAUCCAAGAGAGAACAAGCAGUUUGCAUGCAACGAAACAGUGCUCUGAUUUAAGCAUCGACGAUUGCGAUAGAAAGGAAUGUGAAGGAAUUUAUAGUGAUGCUGAUGUUGAUGACGGUGUUAGGGAUCUUUCUAAAUUCCAUGCGGAUGGCAACAGCAUUGAGGGUAGCCUUUAUAGUUGUAGUAAAGGCGAUGACAUCUGCAAAGUUCAAGUGCCCGGUGGCGUUGGUGAUAGUGGUAGUAACGAUUGUUCGUGUAGCGAUGAUAAUUUUGGUUGCAAUAACGUUGGUGAUGAGAGAGAUGUUGGCGUUGAUAUUAAUAAUCAGGAAGAUGACGGCUGUGAUUAUGUUUGCACUCUGGCCGCUCCAAAUGACACUGUUAGUGGUCGGGAUGAUAAUGGUGAUAGUGGCGGAAAUAGUGGUGAUAAUGAUGUUUGUUGUGGAGACACUAGUGGGACCGAUUGUGGAUAUAAAGGCAACUCCCUGGUAAGCUACAUUUGUUUUUCCAGUAUCUGUUUCUAUACGAGCUACAUCUUACCAAUUUGAAAAGCAAUUGACUUUAACGAGUUGAAAAUUGAGAAAAUUUUAGCCUUUCUCCCCUGGUUACCAAUGAUUAAAAUUUUUAAAACUAAAACAACUUUUUAAUUAAAUUUGCAGGUUCUUUCACCCAUAGAAGCUGAGAGAAGAAAGUUACAAAAAGUCGAAAAAGAAAGAGUAAGUCUCGUUGCAGAUGCGAUGAGAUCGCAUGUGGUAGAAUUUAGAAAAACUCAGUUGAACGAAUUUCUUAAAAGUUCUGGCUUAGCUCCAGUUCGUAAGGUAGACAUGGGAUCACCAACAGCAGCAGAAAGAACAAGAAGAAGAAACAUAGCUGAAGCAUGCCAAGUUAUGGUUGCUGUUUUGCGAGUACUGUCACCAAAUUAUCCCUGUGAACUGUGGCUAAACGUAAAGGACUCUAACGACAUGUGUGAAGCUUUAGAAGUACGUAAAGAGGUUGCCUUAAGAGAAGAUGACGUGAAGUAUCUGCGAGCGCUUUCUGAAUCAUACAAUAACGCCACAAGUGCAAAUGUUAAACUGCAAAUUCUUUCUAUAAUGGCGGAUAUCACCACGUUGCAAGAAAUACGCAAUUACAUUCCAGGCCUAACAAAAUAUAUGUUUUGUCAAGCAAGACAACAUAUUUUAGUUUCUGGGCGAGGAGCUCCUGUAAUUGCAAAACAAAGCCCGAGAUGGAGAAUCGAUCUUAACCAGUUGGAUCACUUCUUGGAUUUUAUUACCAGUCCCUACAUCGUGCAGGAUUUACCAUUCGGUGAACGGUUUCUGAAAUUGUCAACUGGGGAAGUAGUGCAGACACCGAAUGUUAUCAGAGUAUCGGUCAGCGGACACAUCAUUGACCAAUACGUACAGUAUUGCAACGAAACAGAGGUGAAACCUCUAAGCAACAGCACAUUACGACGCAUUUUAUCCUCCUGUCAGGCAUCUACGCGAAAGUCCUUACAAGGUCUCGAUUACUUUGUUUGUGAGGGUAGCAAGGCCUUUGAUGACUUGGAACAACUCAUUGGGAACCUUGUUGACAGUGGGUUUGACGCACGUACAGCGCAAAACUUACAGAUGAAGUUAAAGGAGGGAAAGAAUUACGUUAAAACGGAUUUCAAAGUAAGAACCUAUGGUAAUAUAAUUAUUAAAUGUGUAAUUCCAGAAAAUGUCCAUACCCCCCCUCCCCCACGGAGGGCAACGGAAAUUCUGAAGGGAGGUGGGUCCAUAAGAUAGCAACUUUUGAGGGGGUGGGGGUGGCAAGCUACUAGUUAUUUUACUCUCAAUCGGUGUUCCAAAACAAAUUUUUUUUUUCAUCGAUGAUCUUUUAUUUGCAGUCGGCUGAGUGCUUUUUUACAGCUUGUACGAUUUUAUAUAACAAUUGUCGUCGGCUCGUGAAUAAACGUCUGGUUAUCUAUGGGUUGCUUUGUUGCACAAUAUAUCGCGGUAUUCAAUAUAAUGUGGUCAUGUUGUAUUAAUAAGCUUUCUUCUAACACGUUUUUAACUGAAAAGAAGUAAUUGAAGUUCAUUGGUUUAAGAGAAGGAGAUGACAAACACCCCUGAAAUAGAGAUUCCAGGGGUGCGGGUCUAAAACAAAAGUGCCCUCGGUGAGGGUAUGGAUAUUUUUCUACCUACACAAUCUACCAUGUCUUUCGGCGCUCCUGAUUUGAAGAAGAGUGUACUUUAAAGCACACUGUUUAUAAUGACGAGUGGGAGUGAUACAGUGGGGAAAAGUUUUUUUUCAUUUUUUUUAUUGCGAAUUAUUUGCCAAUCCGAUCUGUCAAAUGAUGCGCUGUCAAAAAUAACAUUUUCGUCAUUGUUUAGUGUCUCUGUCAUAUUUUAUGUAUAUUCUCCAGAAUAGUCUGGUCUCGCUUAAUCUUGCUCUGAGACUAUCUUGCUUCUACAAUAGGUUCACGUUUCCAGCUCUUCGCGCGUGUCAGAUCACUGUAGCCAAUAUGCACUAAGUGACAGUAAAGAUCCUGCUUUUAGAGGUACCUGCACUCAAGAUCAUGACCUGAUAUGCAAUCGCUGUGAAGACCUUAAAAGCUGUUCUGUCCGACACCCAAAAGUCAAUUCAGGAAUCCUGCUUCGAGUGCCAGUAUGAUAAGGAGGAUGCUCUUCACAGAUUUCAAGAAGCAACUCGAGCAAUUCAGCUCUGGAAGUCACACCAACUCAGACUUGUUAAUCAGGAUAAUGCCCGUAUAGAAGUCAUUGAAUGCCUCGAUGACAGCAAAGUGCUCCUUGUACAAGACUGGGCUAUGAAAUUUCUCCCUCGUCAGUACCGAGAAUCCCAAGGAGAAUGGUUUGCGAAAAAAGGGAUCUCCUGGCACAUCACUGUAGCGAUCAGAAAGAAAGAGAGUGAACUUGAAACACAGGCGUUCGUGCAUGUAGUUGAGAAGUGUAUCCAGGACAGCCCUUGUGUUGUCCAGUUAAUGGAACAUGUUCUUUCUACUCUCAAGAGGGAACACCCUGAGAUCAAAAGCGCCUUUUAUCGCCAAGACAAUGCAGGCUGCUACCAUGCAGCCAACACCAUCCUUGCCUGUAAAGACAUCAGCCAGCGAUCGGGAAUCUUCAUUCAACAAUUAGACUUCUCCGAUCCACAAGGAGGAAAGGGCGCUUGUGACCGUUUUGCAGCAACGAUGAAAAACCAUGUACGCUCUUUUGUUAACGAAGGUAACGACGUCCUUACAGCAGAGCAGUUUCUUUCUGCACUUACCUCACGAGGUGGAGUGUCUGGAGCCCGAGUGUCUCUGGUACAAGGCAACAGUUCUAGUAAAACCAAUGUAAAGUGGCCAGGAAUCAGCAAGCUGAACAAUUUUGAGUUUAGCAGUGAUGGAGUGAGGGUAUGGCGAGCUUAUCAAGUUGGCGAAGGAAAGUUUUUCCCUUGGUCAGAAUUUGAAGGUACUUUUUAUCCUCUCUAUCUAUCUCUCUCACUAACUCUCCCUCUCCCCUACUGCUACUCUCCUCCACCCCCCAAAAAAAAGACUUUGCUUCAAUCGUUUGAAAAUUGGUGUUUGGCUUUUUUUAUUACAGUGGGCACUGUUUGAUAUUAACUAUUUUAUGCUUCAGGAAAGGAAUAUCCUAUCAGUUCAAUGACGAAUGCCACGUUUUCAAAUGGAGACUUUCGCCCCAUAAAAACCCGAAAAAAGAAACACGAAGUUCAGCAGGAGACGUUAGCCGACGUCGACUGUGAAGAAGAAGAAGAGGAGACUGAGGGGACCGCCUCUGGGAGAUUGUUUUCUUGUCCAAACGAAGGGUGCGUUCGUGUCUAUACCCGUUACGGAUCUAUGGUCAAUCAUGUUACCUACGGAAAAUGCGACUUCAGAGAAGAAAGAGAAUCUGUGAUGGACACUGCAAAGGUCUUGUACAGUAAAAAGCUUUGGGUCAGUGAUGGUCGUAUUUCAGCUACAGCAAACGUCCAUUGCAAUCAAGCAACAUCAAGCAGUUUACACCAGAACGAAGAAGAAGGCUGGGCACUGAAAUCGAUCAAGAAAAACAAACCUUUCAGUGACAAACAGAAAAAAUUCCUAGAAGAAAAGUUCAUGGUUGGCGAAACGACGGGAAGAAAGUUGGACCCUGUAACUGUAGCCGCCAGAGAAAUGAAAACUGCUCGCCAAGAUGGUAACGGAGAGAGACUUUUUUCUUCUUCAGAAGUAUUGACCGCGACCCAGAUUCAAAGUUUUUUCUCUAGAAGGGCAAGAUGUGGGAGAUUUUCCGAAAAUGACCCAGAAAAUCAGGAAGCUGUCCAAGUGGAAGAAGAACUUGAAGACUUUCGGAGAGAUGUAAUAGAGCAAGUGCAACCCAGACAUCCAAUCAUGUAUGAUGUCCACAACUUGUGUGAUCUUGUAGCUUCAGGGAAACUAAAGAAACUCACAUUACCGAAGCUGAAGGAAAUCUGUAGCGCUUUUGAGCUGAAUCUUCCUGAGGAACGGAAGAAAGCCCCUUUUCUAGAUGCUUUGACCAAAUUAGUUAAGAAUUGCUCGUGUUGGUCCUCUUGA